GAUAAAACCAUCACAAAAUAUAUUAGAGGGCAAAAAAGUCUUUUCAUAAAGGAGGAAUGUCCAAAUUCGGAUCCGGUUCCAAUCCUAGUUUUGGAUCCGAUUCACAAACUAGAUCCGAUAACUACUUUAUAACGAGCGUGAUCUUGCAACCCUAACCGCGUCGGAGCUCUAGCCGCCGGAAUCCAUGGCGGACACGGCGAAGCGCUGCUACUAUGAGGUUCUCGGCGUCUCUCGGGAAGCCACCGCCGAGGAGUUACGCUCCGCCUACCGCCGCCUUGCCCUACAACUCCAUCCUGACAAGCAGGUCGCCACCGGUGUCUCCGCCGCUGAGGCGACCGCGGCUUUCCAGGAGCUUGGACAUGCUUACGAGGUGCUUUCCGAUCCUAAGGAGCGUUCUUGGUAUGAUUCGCACCGGUCCCAAAUCCUCUUCUCCGAUCCCAAGUCCGGUAGCUCGUCCGCCCAUUUCUCCGACGUCGAUUUCUACAAAUUCUUCUCGCCAUCUUGCUUCUCGGGAUACUCCAAAAAAGGCAGCGGUUUUUUCAAGGUUUACGGCGAGGUGUUUUCGAAGAUUCACUCUCAAGAGGUGUAUUUCGCUCAGAAAUUAGGGUUAGGGGUUGAUUCGGUGCCGCCGGCGCCGUUGAUUGGUGAUCUUGAUAGCCCUUAUGAGCAAGCUACGGCCUUUUAUAAUUACUGGUUAGGGUUUUCGACGGUGAUGGACUUUGCUUGGGUGGAUGAGUACGAUGCGUUGGCGGGGGUGAACAGGAGGUCGAGGAGGUUCAUGGAGGAGGAGAACAAGAAGAUUAGGAAGAAAGCUAAGAGGGAGAGGAAUGAGUUGGUUCGUGGUUUGGCUGCUUUUGCGAAGAAGAGGGAUAAGAGGGUUAUUGAUUGGGUUGUGAAGAAGAAUCAGGAGGAGGAGGAGAGGCGUGCCAAGGAGAAGGCAAAGAGAGAGGAGGAGGAAAAGAGGAAACGGGAGAGGAUAAAGAUGUAUGAGGAGCAGGAGUGGGCAAAGAUUGAUGAGAAUGAGGAAGAAGAUGAUGUGUUUGAUGAUGAGAGGAAGAAGAAAAAAGGCAAAGAUAUGGAGUUUUACUGUGUCGCGUGUAACAAGAAAUUCAAGUCGGAUAAGCAGUGGAAGAAUCAUGAGCAGUCGAAGAAGCAUAAGGAUAAGGUUGCGGAAUUGAGAGAUGCAUUUGAGGAAGAAGAUGGUGAUGUCAAGGAAGGUGUUCAUGUUGAGUUUGAGUAUAGACCAUUGUCAGAGGAUGAAGAUAGUGAUCCUGUGGAGGAGAUUUGUGAUGAGUUGAGGGAUGGAGUUGUGUUGGAGGAGAAGGAUGGAGAUGAGGAUGUUGAAGGGAGUGAUGGAAAGUUGGGUUCAGUUUCGGAGGAAGAUGAAGAUGUAGUUUUGGAGGCCAUGGUUUCCGGGACAAGAAAUAAGAAGAGUGAGCAGGUGGUUUUCCAUGAUUCAUCUGUAAAUGUAGAUUUUGGUGUUGGCAAUGAUGAAGAUGACUCUAUGGGCUCUAAAACUAGGAGAAAAGGUCGUAAGAAUGGAGGGACGGAGAAGAGCUGGUGGAAAAGUUGAAGUGAAGGUGUGAGAGGAGAGGUGAGUGAGACCCAACAACACAAUGAGGCCGACGUUCAGCAACAGGAGGAUGCUGGAGCUGAUAACCAAGAGAGGAAUUCUGGCCACUCUGAGGAGGUUGUUGCAAGAAACAAGGGUAAUCUAGGUGAUGCAAAGAGUCAUAAGCAGAAAAAAUUAGCAGUGGCAAGGAAAGAGACAGAUCAUGAUGUGAGGAACUCAUCCAAGGGGAGGAAGCAGAAGGGGAAUGCAAAGGUCAGCAAUGAAUGUGGGACUUGUGGAGAAAGCUUCGACUCAAGAAACAAGUUGUUUGUACAUUUGGGUGACACUGGUCAUGCCAUGUUGAAAUCAAGGUGAUGUUAUGUUAUUUUCUUUGAAACUAUUCUUUGAAUUCAUGAAAAAGAGCAAGUAUCACUUCUAUUGUUCAAGAUCUACAUCAGAGAAAGCCUUUAAGUUUUUUACUCUCUUAUAUUUGUAAAUGUGAGGGGGAAGUUUAUUGAGUGAUGUACACCGAAAAAAAAAAUUUCGAGAAAAGAAAUGUAAACAGAGAAACACAAUUUUGGGUUGAAGACUGUCAUGUUCUGUGGAUUUAUUUCCAAAAAUAAACUCUUGUUCUUUUACUUCUUGUCAAUGAACUGUUACUUGCUUA